AUGGUUCACCCGGACUACGCUGACAUGACUCCCUGGUGCGGGAGAGAAACGGCCGAUACUACUUAUGAAGAUAGAGCAGGUAAUUUCACAGCCUUGCUCAUCGACUGUGGGUACCUUGAUGCCGAGGAAUGGGCGGACGAACGCCCCAAGUAUUUCAUUGAGGUCAAGGCGACGACAGGGCCUUUGGAUCAACCUUUCUUCAUGAGCAAGCAUCAGUAUUAG